UAUACUAGGAGUGGAUACCAAGCGGCAAAGCACGGGAGCUGCCCACGUGACAGUCUACUCCAGAGGUGGCGUGAGAUGCUCUCCGGAACUCACAGGAUUCCCAGGUGCCUGACUCACUUCUGACCUGUUUGCUGGGCCACCUGCCUUACCCUUCUCACAUUCUCAGAGAGAACCCAAUAUGAAUAGUUUGACCUUCGGUCAGAGGCUUCAAGAGCUCUAGGUAGGUAUAGGACAAGUUUAUCUCUAUUAUUCUUACUUCUGCAAAGUGUACUGACGAUGGUGAAUCCCUGUUAAGGUUACCAGAAGGUGGGUAAGAAGCAACAGGUUAGGAGGCCUGGGUCUUACGCUGCUGGUGUGAGGCAAUAAAGGACCUGCCUCUUCCAUGCAAUGGUUCUUGGAAAGUGAGUGCCUAUGCUCAGGGCAGGGAUUACAGAGAUCACCAAAGCACAGCACCUGCCUUAAAGGAGUGGACCCUUCUCAGCAAGGAACCUCCCGCCCUCGCCCCAAGUCUUGUGUGAAAGUUUACACAAGUGUCACCAUUGGUGCCUCCCUCCUUUGUACCUGUGUCUCUGGGGCAGCUCCAACGUCUGCCCUGACUCGGUUUCCCAGUCGGCUUCCCUCGUUGGGCUGCGAGCCUCCCGAGGGUGUGUUCUUGAACACACAGAUAAUCGAGGGUUGCAUUCUCUGCCUGGGGUCGUCGAGCGGGUCCUCCAGGGAGCGCAGCCCACCCCCCUCCAUUUCCACUUGCACCUUCCCGGUGUUCUCGUUCCCUCUUCUCCAACUCCUCCGCCCACACCCGCCUUUUUUUUUUAUUUUUUUGCUGGAGAGAAUUGGGGCCCCUCUCACCCUCCCCCACCACAAACUCCGCCUUCAGAGAACCCCGGAGCUGCUGCGGGCCCUGCGGCUGCUGCUCGGCUCCCUUCCCUUUCUCCACCAGACCUCCUCUGCCAUCACUGUGGGCGCUCUCUGGGCAUUUCGACUCUUGGCUUCUUCUCUCCCUUUAGCUCGCCACCCGUGUCACCGACCGGGCCGGCGCGUCCCGCCUCCGCUCUGUCGCUUUAAGUGGGUCCCCGCCGCCGCGCCCCUCCCUCACCCCUCCUGGCGCUCAGCGGCUCCUCGCCGCCUCUCCUGCUCCUCCUUUCCCGCUCCUCCUCGCCGCCCGCUCCGCUCCUCUCAGCCUCCGCGGACCCGCAGCCAUGGCCGACAUCAAGACGGGCAUCUUUGCCAAGAACGUCCAGAAGCGACUCAACCGCGCGCAGGAAAAGGUCCUUCAGAAGCUUGGGAAAGCUGAUGAGACAAAAGAUGAACAGUUUGAAGAAUAUGUGCAGAACUUCAAACGGCAAGAGGCAAAGGGUACCAGACUUCAGCGAGAACUCCGAGGAUAUUUAGCAGCUAUCAAAGGCAUGCAAGAGGCUUCCAUGAAGCUCACCGAGUCGCUGCAUGAAGUCUAUGAGCCCGACUGGUACGGGCGCGAAGACGUGAAAAUGGUUGGCGAGAAAUGUGAUGUGCUGUGGGAAGACUUCCAUCAAAAACUAGUGGAUGGGUCCUUGCUGACACUGGACACCUAUCUGGGCCAAUUUCCUGACAUAAAGAACCGCAUCGCAAAGCGCAGCAGGAAACUGGUGGACUACGACAGUGCCCGCCACCACCUGGAGGCUUUGCAGAGCUCCAAGAGGAAGGACGAGAGUCGCAUCUCUAAGGCAGAAGAGGAAUUUCAGAAAGCACAGAAAGUGUUUGAAGAGUUUAACGUUGACUUACAAGAAGAGUUACCAUCAUUAUGGUCAAGACGAGUUGGAUUUUAUGUCAAUACUUUCAAAAAUGUCUCUAGCCUAGAGGCCAAGUUUCAUAAGGAAAUUGCGGUGCUUUGCCACAAACUAUAUGAAGUGAUGACGAAAUUGGGUGACCAGCACGCUGACAAGGCCUUCACCAUUCAAGGAGCUCCCAGCGACUCGGGUCCUCUCCGUAUUGCAAAGACGCCAUCGCCGCCCGAGGAGCCUUCACCCCUCCCGAGCCCGACAGCUAGUCCAAAUCACACGCUGGCACCUGCGUCUCCUGCACCAGCCCGGCCUCGGUCACCCUCGCAGACAAGGAAAGGGCCUCCUGUCCCACCUCUCCCUAAAGUCACCCCAACAAAGGAGCUGCAGCAGGAGAACAUCAUCAGUUUCUUCGAGGACAACUUUGUUCCGGAAAUCAGUGUGACGACGCCUUCUCAGAAUGAAGUCCCUGAGGUGAAGAAAGAGGAGACCUUGUUGGAUCUGGACUUUGACCCUUUCAAGCCCGACAUGCCCUCUGCGGGUUCUGCUGGAGUAACCCACUCACCGAUGUCGCAGACAUUGCCCUGGGACCUAUGGACGACAAGCACUGAUUUGGUACAACCGGCUUCUGGAGGUCCAUUUAAUGGAUUCACCCAGCCGCAGGACACUACAUUAUUCACGAUGCAGACAGACCAGGAUAUGAUCUGUAACUUGGCUGAACCUGAACAGGCUCCGCCCACAGAGCCGAAAGCAGAGGAGCCCCCAGCUGCUGUACCACCUGCUGCCGGGCUGGACCUUGGACUUGACACCCAGGCUGAGGAGCCAGUGGAGGGGGCAGAGCUCAUCCCUGCAACGGAUGCUGAUGUGACGGCUGGGACCUUGGUGCCGGCAGCCGAGGGGGGCCCCGUGGGGGAAGCAGAGACAGAGAAGGUGACUCUUCCUGCUGGAGAAGGAGCGAGUUCAGAGGAGGCCAAGAUUGACACCGAAGCCACAGAGGCUGUAGAUGGUGACAGACCUCAACCGGUAGAAACAGAAGCAGCAGCAACUCAGGAGAAGGUCAUUCCUUCGGUGGUCAUAGAGCCCGCCUCCAACAAUGAAGGGGAGGGAGAACACGAAGACACCAUGGGUGCAGAGUCCAAGGAGGCAACUGUUGACGCGGCUCUCCCGGGCUCCACCGGCGAGACACCAGCGCUGGCCUCGGAGGAGCAGGAGGCGGGCAAGGCCUCCCAGCCAGCCGCCCCCUCCGCAAGCGAGGCCUUCCAGGAAGGGCCUCCCGGUUUCCUCUACAAGGUGGAAACACUGCAUGAUUUCGAGGCAGCAAAUUCUGAUGAGCUUACCUUACAAAGGGGUGACGUGGUGUUGGUUGUGCCCUCAGAUUCGGAAGCUGACCAGGAUGCAGGCUGGCUGGUAGGCGUGAAGGAAUCAGACUGGCUUCAGUACAGAGACCUCGCCACGUACAAAGGCCUCUUUCCAGAGAACUUCACCCGGCGCCUGGAUUAGGGCCAAAAGUAUUGUAGAAAGAGCCUGAUUACUGGGUUUUUAAACCUUUGUGAAAACCUGAAGAGUUCACUUUUGCUAUGACACUCAGUGAUUUGCAGACCAAUGCCAGACAAAGUUUGGGAGGCUAUGUCAAUGAAGCAUGUGCGCAAACAAAUGUUUAGAGGAAAAAAAACCAAGUAAAUUAAGGAAAAAGUCUUCACUGGUUCCCACGCUCUUGCUAACAGGUUUGUCUGUGCUUUGUCCAAGCUGUGGAGACUUGUAUACUCGACCCCCUCCCACCAGUUCUAAAGUAGCUUUCUCCAGACCAGAACCUUAAUUUCUCUGCACCAAGUGUAUGGUAUUGAGUGGCUUCCCUGCAGAAGACGUGAUGAAUUGUCCUGUAAUACGAGAUUAUCUAUUCCCCUGUGCAGGUGUGAGCACGUGCUCUCUCUCUCUCUCCCUGUCACAUUUGCUGUGUUUAAAACGAAACUGCUGCAAAAGUUGUCACUGUUCUUUACCAGCACCUCUCUCUCUAUAUAUAUGGACACACAGUCACACGAGCUGUUUCUCAUCACUCCUGGAUCUAUGUGUAUGCACAAGGCUACAGAUACAUAGUUGCGCUCUCUCCUUUCCAUUGUAGCUUUUAGCCUCUUAUGUGUCAUUGAUACAUGCGUUGCUCUCAUUCCGUCUGGAAUCACAGUUGCAGUUUUGCCUCUGGGCAAAAGCAGCCAUCCCAUUGCCAAAACGGUGGACAGUAUCUGUGUUCGGAAUGUGCAUUCUUCAGGAUGCGAUGACUAACGGCACGUCGGAGCUGCUGCCCCUUUGGAGAAAGCAGAGUCUGAUGAUCUGGAUGUCCGGCCACCAGGACUGGAGGUGGGCGAGUGGGGAUUAGCAGCUAAAUUGUCUUAAUUUCUGCCUUUCUGAGACUGGCUGGCUGAUGAUCGGGGCAUUUCAAUCCACCCCCAAAGAACACUAUUUCAAAAAGCUCCUAUAUAUUUCCACCUCUUUUUAUUGAUGCAACUCAUCUUCACCGAUUGUCCGAAAAUAAGAUAUAGAUGAUGUAUGCUGUAUCCACAAGUCAUCGGUAACGAGUCUGUUUUCAGUGCUGUGUCAUUCCAAAUAAACCUUGGGUAAUCUCCAGCAAUGA